CGCGGCGGUUCGGGGCGGGCUGUGGCGGCCGCGGCGGCGGGAAAACGGCGGGCAUGGUGGGGCGGGAGAAGGAGCUGUCCAUCCACUUCGUGCCCGGCAGCUGCCAGCUGGUGGAGGAGGAGGGCAACACCCCCAGCCGGCGGGUUCUGGUCACAGGUGCCACCGGGCUGCUGGGAAGAGCCGUUUACAAGGAGUUUCAGCAGAACAAUUGGCAUGCUGUUGGCUGUGGUUUUAGAAGAGCAAGGCCAAAGUUUGAGCAGGUCAACCUGUUGGAUUCGGAAGCCGUUCACCAAAUCAUUCACAACUUUCAGCCUCACGUGGUAGUCCACUGUGCUGCAGAGAGAAGACCAGAUGUUGUGGAGAGCCAGCCAGAUGCUGCCACCCAGCUGAACGUGGAGGCCUCUGGGAAUCUGGCAAAAGAAGCAGCUGCAGUGGGAGCUUUUCUCAUCUACAUUAGCUCAGACUACGUUUUUGAUGGGACAAAUCCACCUUACUCAGAGGACGCUACGCCGGCGCCGCUAAAUCUGUAUGGUAAAACCAAAUUAGAAGGAGAAAAGGCGGUCCUGGAAAACAACGUAGGCGCGCCGGUGCUGCGCAUCCCCGUGCUGUACGGCGAGGUGGAGCGGCUGGAGGAGAGCGCGGUGACCGUCAUGUUCGACAAGGUGCAGUUCAGCAACAAGUCGGCCACAUGGACCACUGCAGCAGCGCUUUCCCACGCACGUCAAGGACGUGGCCGGCGUGUGCCGGCAGCUGGCCGAGAAGCGGAUGCUGGACCCGUCCAUCAAGGGCACCUUCCACUGGUCCGGCACCGAGCAGAUGACCAAGUACGAGAUGGCCUGCGCCAUCGCCGACGCCUUCAACCUCCCCAGCAGCCACCUGCGCCCAUCACCGACAGCCCGGUCCUGGGCGCCCAGCGCCCCCGGAACGCGCAGCUGGGCUGCUCCAGGUUGGAGGCCCUGGGCAUCGGGCAGCGGACGCCGUUCCGGCUGGGGGUGAAGGAGUCGCUCUGGCCCUUCCUCAUCGACAAGCGCUGGCGGCAGACGGUCUUCCACUAGCUCCCCCCACCCCCGCCCCGCCCCGCCCCCGGCCGCCCUGGUCACCCCGGACGGAGCUCGCUUUGCACGCGCACUCCGGCGGUGACCGUGCGCUUCCUUCCAGGUGAACAACGCUCUUGCACUAGUGACAUGGUCUAAGGCCCCCCUCCCCGGGCCCCCCGCAGCCGCGGUCCUCUGUCUGCUCCUCCCUCUGUUCCGGCUCACCUCACCCCUGCAGUAACUCCCGAGAGCCAGGGUGCCCCCACCCGCCGCCGCCGCGGGCUCCCCGGGGGGGAGACGCGGCCCCGGUGCCUCCCGGAACUGCUGUACCUUCAGGAUCCCUUCUUCCCCUUGUUCUCGUUGCAGCGGUUGACUGGUUGAUUGUUGUAGAGCGCGUGAGGUCGUAUGAAAUCAUUGGUGUUCGUGACUUGCUUUGCCUGAGCUCAGAUCAAAAUGUGUGAGGAAAGAAACUUUAUUUUUGCAACGUAAGUAAGAGUUUUUAUGCCCGGUCAGCACUCGUGUCUGUGGCUGGGCGCCCCGCUCGCAGCCGGACGUGGCAAACACUCCAGGGGGGGUGCGUGUGCGCGCACGCGUGUGGUUUUGUAAUAUAAAUACACAACUGCCCUUUUCACUCCGUGUUGCAGACAUUUCACAUGUUCGGUUAUACUGAUAAUAAUGAGCCUGUCAGUCUUUGGACCACUCCCGAGUGAUAAUAAAUACGUACUGCUGGCA